CUUUAGUUCCUUUUUAAUUAUAUAACUUAUCAUCUGCUUAUUAUUUUCUAUUUCCCGCUUUUUUUAAUUUUCCUUCUUUGCAAACAUUAGAUCUAUCUUCAAUUUCUCGUCUAAAAGGAAAAGAAAACAAAAAGGAAGAAGAAAGAAAGAGACUGUCUUUUUGCUGAGAAUUCUUUUACCUUCCUCUUUUUAUCUCUUCCCGAAACACCUCUCGAAGGCAAAAUUCUUUAAUAUAUAUUUUCUUUUUAUUUGAUUUUAAGUUUUCAUGAGAUGUCGAAUUCUCAAGCUUCGGAUCAGUUAAAGCAAUCCAUUCAACAGCAACCGCAGCAAAUUGAACACCCGGUGAAACAACAACGAUCUUUAUCUGUGAAACCGGUGUUUAUGGCUUCUGACUAUCACCGCUUUGCGUCAACUGAAUCUCGCUGCAGCGCAGAUCAAGAGCCCGAAGCCAUAGUUGUUAAGUCUCCCUUAAAGAGGAAGAAGGAUGUAGCAGAUCGAGAAGUUGAGUCUGGUGAGUGGGUAAUGCCUCAAGGUUACACUGAAGUGGCUAGCAGUCCCCUUCAGACACCUGUAUCAGGAACUGUUGGAAAGGCUAAAAAAACAUCAAGGCUUGCACAAAGUAGUAAACUGGGCCCUCAAACUCCUGCUUCAAAUUUUGGUUCUGCUGGCAAUAAUCUCGCUCCUGCUGGUCCCUGUCGAUAUGACAGCUCCUUAGGGUUAUUGACAAAGAAGUUCAUCAAUUUGAUUAAGCAAGCUGAAGACGGCAUUCUUGAUUUAAAUAAAGCUGCCGGUACCUUGGAGGUGCAAAAGAGGAGGAUUUAUGACAUAACCAAUGUCCUUGAAGGUAUUGGUCUCAUAGAAAAAAAACUCAAGAACAGAAUUCAGUGGAAGGGGCUUGAUGUAUCAAGGCCAGGGGAAUGUGAUGAGAAUGCUGCAACUUUGCAGGCACAGGUUGAGGACCUUUCUAUUGAGGAACGUAGAUUAGAUGAACGAAUAAGAGAAAUGCAAGGAAGAUUGAGGGACUUCAGUGACGAUGAAAAUAAUCAGGAGUGGUUUUUUGUCACCGAGGAAGAUAUCAAGAGCAUACCAUGCUUCCAGAAUGAAACACUGAUAGCUAUUAAUGCUCCACAUGGAACAACUCUGGAAGUCCCUGAUCCUGAUGAGGCUGUUGACUAUCCCCAAAGGAGAUACAGAAUUGUUCUCAGAAGCUCAAUGGGUCCUAUAGAUGUUUAUCUUGUCAGUCAAUUUGAGGAGAAAUUUGAAAAGAUACAAGGUGUUGAUCCACCUCAAAACAUUCAAUCAAUUUCGGGUUUGAAUAACAACCCAGCAAAGACAUUGGCAACAGAGGAGAGCAGAAGGAGUGAGUUCGAAAUGCUGGGCCAAGAUACAAAUAGAAUCUUUUCAGAUAUUAACGACUCACAGGACAUCAUGAAUGGGAUCCUGAAGAUCGUUCCCUCAGAUGUUGAUAGUGAUGCCGAUUAUUGGCUUUUAUCAGAUCCCAGUGUUAGCAUAACUGACAUGUGGCCGACUGAACCUUUCAUUGAAUGGAUCGGGUAUGAUACACCUCGUGAAGACUAUGGUACAUCUGCUGUUAGCCCACCACACCCCACACCUCCACGAAAUGCAAUCGAAGUGCCUGGUGCCAAUCCAACUGGGAAGUGAAAGACUUUUCUUUUGCAUUUGCAAAACCAAACAUUACUCGGCUUGCAUUUUGUUGAAAGCAUUCCUGAUAGGCUGAUACUUUGGAGAGUCUGGCAUAAAGGUUCUUGAAAAGGCGGAAACUUGAUCUUCCUCAAAUUUCCAGGAAUUAAAUGAUAUCAAUGAGCAAAAUCUUUGAUGAAAUAAAGAUGUAAACUUGUACAUGAUGUUCAGUGCAUGACAAGGUUGUUUUGUGAAGCAACAUACCAGAACUAUGCAAGGGCUGAACUUGGCUGUAAUGUAUUUAAUGAUGCAGUAGACCAAUAUCGUCUUGAAGACACGCCGUCGAGCUUGAGUGGUUCAUUGAAUUUGCCGGAGGCGUCUGAGCUAGGAUCGACCUUCCACUGAGAUUGAAAUAUGGUGAAAUGACAAGGCGUCUCAGAUGCUGAAAGUCAUAUUAGGGCUUGGAAGAG